AGGCCACGCAACGUGAUCAGCUUAAUUUAUUCUGUUGCUAGUGGUUCGAUUUGGAAACUUUUUGAGCUAAAAUAAUAUAGUUUAAGGAGAGAUUUAAGAUGAUUAUACCAAAGUUUUUGUUAACCCAUUUUUCUCCAGAGUUGUCAACAUCAUUGUCAGUUUUUUAUAGGGUGACCUAUAAUUUUGUUGUACCUAUUAUUUAGGGGAUGCUGAGACGAAUUUGGCAAGCAUCAUAACAUAUAGUUCUUCUCAGAAUGUAAACAAAAACAUAUAAUCCUAUAAAAAAUCUUGAUAACUCCAGAAAAAAUAGGUUAAAAAAUGGUUGGUGCAGUCAUCUUUAAGCAUCUUUAACCACCAACUUAAAGUCAUCUUUAACCAUGAUAUUUUAGCUAAAAAAAUUUCCAAUCAAACCAUAGAAUAAAUUAAGUUGAUCACAUUCCGUGGUUUACCCUAUAUAAUGAUGCUAACAUAUGGAAAAUGAUAAUAUCUCAGAAGCAGUUGACUUUUCAACCUAGAUCGAAAACUUGUCCACAAUGUAGAGAGAAGACCACAUCACCUAAAAUACAUAGAUUAUAUUUCAAUUUCUGUAACAAUGAUAGUAUUACAGAAGAUAAAUAUUCUUUACAAAAUAAAGUUGAUAAACUAAGUUUGGAACUUGCUCUGAAAGAGAAAGAUGCUAAGCAUUAUUCAGAAAAAUCUGAAGCCUUAGAAAAGGAAACUAAAUGCCUGAAAAAAGAAUUAGUUAAAAUAAAUACUGAAAAAAAUAGUGUCAUUGCUGCACUUAAGCAACAGGUUAAUUAUUUUAGGGACCAAGCUUCAGAAACAAACAGCAUGAAAAAAGAAAAUGAACAAAUGAGGGUCCGACUAGAAACGUACAAAAAUAUACAAAUGUUACUAGAAGCAUCCGUGGGAGAUAUUGAUGACAUGAUCUCUAGAACAGCUGACCCCAACACUCUUGUUACAUACAUAUCUGUGAUGAAAAGAGAAAUGACAAUUAGUUUGAAUAAAAGAAGAGAAUUAAGGGCAAAAUUGAGGAGUAUGCAGCAGGAACUUUCAAAAACAACCAUAGAAAAGAAGUUUCUGCAAGAAGAGCAUGCAAGAAGGAAAAAAAUUGAAGAAGAUUUUAUGAUUUGUGAAAGCGAAAAGAUGUUAUUACAAAAUAAACUCAGAGAAUUAGAAAAGGCUACAUGCUCGUUAAAACGAACAUGCAACUUAGAGAAUAAUGCGAAUAGCAAAACAGACAAUGUUUGUAACGAAAAUGCUGUUAAAAAUACAACAAGGAAUGAAUGCAUUACGGUUGAAGAUACUGAUCAUACAGAGAAAAAUGUAGCAGCUAAUUCUGUGAAAGGGAAAAAAGAAAAUGAUUCACCAUAUCUUCCGAUAAAAUCGGGAGGUUUGUAUACUCUAAAACAAGUGCCCGACAAAAAACGUGGUACAAAGAGAACACAUUCAUCAAUAUUUACGAUAAAACCUAGGGCUGAACAAACAAGUGUACGUCCAAUUACAUUUGAUGGAUAUGGUGGACAUUCUAAAUUUGAUGAAUUUCCUAGUUCUUCUGGUACAAGGGCGAAGAAAGAGAAAAACAAAGACUAAAUACAAGAUAUAGGAAUUCAUUAAUAACCAUUAGAGAACUGUAAAUAGCAAUUAGAAUUUGAAUGUUGUUAUAAAUAGUAUGUAGUACUCUAGGGUUAGUUAAUAAUAUUUAUAAAUAAUAUCUAUUACACAUUUUUUACUGUAUAAAAAUAACAAGGAUAUAUAUGUGUGGCUACUGACGGAUCUCUGAGAUUCUCAUUUUGUAACCAAAUAAUGACAAUGUUUUCACGAAUUAAAAAAUUGUAAUUUGUCCUUUAUGCAUAUUAACAAUCAAUUUUGACUUCCUAA